AUGAGGUCUUCCACCCUCCUUAGCUUAGCCGCUACCAUCUCCAGCGCGUCCGCUCAUUACUUCUUCCCCCACCUCAUCGUCAACGGCAACUUCACUGGCUACAACGAAUAUGUCCGCGAGAAUACCCAGGGCUACAUGCCCCUGAAAAACGGAUACGACAGCACAGACCUCCGCUGCCGGACUGACUCCAUGCAGUAUGCAAGCAAGACCGGCGUCUACAAGGUGAAGGCCGGCGAUGAGGUUGGGUUCGGCCUCAACUUCGGCGGGCGGAUCCAGCACCCCGGCCCGAUGCAGGCAUACCUUUCCAAAGCUCCGGGCGACGUGCGAGAGUACGACGGCUCCGGCGACUGGUUCAAGAUCUUCGAGCUGGGCCCCAAGACAUUCUCCAGCGAGGGCAUCCAGUGGGGUGCCUAUGACGUCGGCAACUGCACCUUCAAGUUGCCCCAAGCGACUCCAGCAGGACAGUAUCUCCUCCGUAUUGAACAUAUCGGCGUCCACGGAGCGGGAGAUUUUGGUGGGGCUGAGUUCUACUUCAACUGCGCGCAGAUCGAGGUCGAGAAUGCGAGCGGCGCCUCCGGAGUGCCGGGGCCGUUGGUCAAGAUCCCCGGCUUGUACACCGGCCACGAGCCUGGUAUCGAAUUCUACAUGUACCGCCCGUGGAUUGUGAACUACACCAUGCCCGCCCUGCCCGACGACGACUCUCGCCUCCAACUCUACGUCUCUUGA